AUGGCGGCCUGCGUCGUGCACGAAGGCUACCUCCACAAGCAGAGCCAGCACUUGAAGCUAUGGAAGAUUCGGUACUUCGUGCUGACGACGACGGCGCUGCUCUACAGUAAAAAGUCGGGGCGCAAGCCCAAGGCUACGUACGCUCUCCAGCACCUCGACGUCCUCACGGACCAGAACCUCGUUGUCCACGACCACAACUUUGUGCUCGAGAUCCGGUACGAGAAGCUGCGGCUCUACGUGAGCGCGCCGACCGACGCCGACCGCGCCAAGUGGGUCCAUCUCAUCAAGAGCUGCAAGGACCAGUUGAGCGUCGGCGCCGACACGACGAGCGAGGCGUCGCUCAACAUGGUCGAGCGCAAGCCAAGCGAGUCCGAGCUGCUCUCGGUGCGCAGCGGCAUCUCCGAGUCGCUUCGCCGGCGCUUCCUCGCGUCGACGACCAAGGAGCGGCGUGACGAGCGCAAGGCGGCGCGGCUCCCGAAGCUCAAGACGUCGUUCACCGAGGCGUGGCUGCACGACGUCUUGCCGCACUGGGGCGACGCCAAGCACCAAAAGCCCAUGGAUUUUGUCCGAGGCCUCUGCUUUGCGGGGAUUCCGAAGGAAGUGCGCGGCCGUGCGUGGGCCGCGCUCCUCGGCAACAAGCUGCAGAUCAACGAGCAGCUCUUCGAGAUCUGCAAGACGCGCGCCAAGGCUGUGCUUCUCGACGUCGCGGCCGCAAAAGCCAAAGACACGCGUCCGAACCGCCCGUCACUGACGAUCGACACGUCGGGACUUGACGGCGGCUUCGUGGUGGUGACAUCGCCGCAGCACGCCAAGUCGACGCUCACCGAGGCGCUCAUCGCCGACAACGAGCGCAACAUCAAGCUCGUCAAGCUCGACAUGCCGCGGACGUUCGGGAGCCACCCGCAGUUCCAAGCCGGCGCCGUCGGAGCGCAAAAGACGUACGAAGUCCUCGAAGCGUACACGUGCUACCGCCCCGACCUCGGCUACGUGCAAGGCAUGAGCUACUUGGCCGCGAUUCUGUGUCUUCAUAUGGACAGCUUCUCGGCCUUCAAGGCCAUGGUAUCGCUCCUCAGCACGCGCUUGCUUUUUGACAUGUACCGCCUCGAAGAAGACCGCACGCUGCACUACCUCCGCGUCUACGACACGAUUCUGCAGCACGAACUGCCGGCGCUCCACGCGUACUUUGAGGAGAUCGGCAUGGACGCCAAGAUGUACGUCGUCGACUGGGCUUUUACGCUCUUCACGCGCUGCGUGCCCCUGGACGUCGUGCUGCGGAUAUGGGACGUCUACAUCUUGGUCGGCACGCCCUUCUUCUUCCAAGCCUGCAUGGCGAUUUUGAUCUUGUACGAAGAGCACUUGCUCACGCUCGACCUUGGCGACGCCAUGCGCUUCCUCCACGACAUUCCCAAGAGCACGAGCCCGAGCAGCUUUUUCGACGCACUCGACGCCGUCAACCUCUCGUGCAGCGCGAUCGAUGGCCUCCUCGCCGGCGGCGACGUGCGCCCGUGGUCGCCUGUGGGCCGCCGCCCCGUCUCGGUCGAGUUUCCCGACGCGUACGAGUACUAA